AUGGAGAUGGAGAUGGAGGAGAGAAAUAAUAUUUCGAAUGGUGAAGAUGAUCGUGAGGAGCAAGAAGAUGAGAAAAUGGAGCAGUUUUUUGCUCUGUUAAGGAACUUCCGGGAGGCGCGUAAUAAGCGAAAAAACGAGCUGAAACAAAGAGAUGACGAGGAGGAGGAGAUGAGUAAGCAGAUGAAGAAAAACAAGACAAGUAAAUUGGGCGACGAUGAGCGGCCGAGUUGGGUUCCGAGAUUUGAAUGGGAAGAUUUCACCGCAGAGAUUGAGUUUCCAAGGCCACUCAUCGUCUUUCCAACUCCAUACAAGAAGAAACAGGAAGAAGACGAUGGUUUGGAUCUGAAUCUCACCCUUUCGUCAGCUACAGUUAAAUUUUCCUAG